GUAUUGUUUUGAGCGGGAGAAAUUGUAAAUAAAGAUUUGAGUAUUUUAAAAAAGCGUGAAUUAAGCAAUGAGUUCUUCAAAUUUAAUUAAUUAUUUUAAAGAAUUGGCAAGUACAGCUAUUGUGGUAUUUGUUAAACAGCAAAAGGAGAUGAGCGAACGAAUGAAAAACGUCUAUCAAAAUAUUAAGGAACUUACGAAUGCUGAGAUCCGUAGAAUGUCUGAUGAGGAAGUGCUGAAUUAUAAUAAUACGCUUUUGAAUAAAAUUUCUCAUGUUUUUGUGCUUGACAAUUUCUCUGGAUCUUCAUUUGAUUACUUAGUGUCUAAAAAGGCAAGAGAUCUAAGAAUUUUUGGAGUUCCACUGCUUGAAAUAAUAUCUGAAGAGACAUUAGAAGUAACCAGUUCGUGGAAAGUUUAUAAUAAUGCAUUUCAAGGCUUAAAAAUUUGUACGUCUAAUUUAAGUGGAUCUGAAAAAGGGAAAAUUGAGAGCUUAGUUAAGUCAAUGAAUGGACAAUUCACGAAUGAAUUAUCAUCUGAUGUAACUCAUCUAAUAACAAACUCAACCAAGACAAUAAAAUAUUCUGAUGCCACAACCUUAGACAUCCCAAUUUACCAUACAGAAUGGGUUUAUCAGAUAUGGAACAAGUGUCAGAAGCAGGAAGGACCGAUCACAAAAGCUUGUUCAGAACAAUAUGAUGUAUUUAAAUUACCACCAUUAUUUGACUUAAAAAUUGCUACAACGGGAAUGAAUAAAGAUCAAAGAAGUGACAUUUCUGAUGUCAUUGAGGAAAACGGUGGAAAAUUUGAGGAUGUUUUUAAAUCUAAUGAGACUGAUAUUUUAAUUAUGGACAAAAAAGAUGCAGACAAUUCCAAAUUUAAAAUUGCUGCUAAAUAUAAAAUUCCCGUGUUAAAUGUCAACUGGAUUCAUGAGAGUGUAAAAGCAGGAUAUGCUCUGACAUAUAAUGAUUUUGCAUUCAAACGUCCAAAAUCUUUCGACUCUUCAUCCUCAUCUUUUAACGACUCUACGAAUUUGUCAUUAGACGAUUCCAAAAAGAGCGAAGGAGAUCAGGAGAAGAAAGAGAAAGUCCCAUUUGUUACUACUAGUGUACUGACUGAUAAAACUAAUGAUCAAUUUCUAUCGACAUAUACAAUUGAGCAGGCAAAGAAGCUUGGACAUAUUUUUGACGGAUAUGUCUUUUAUUUAUAUAAUUUUAAUCUCGAGCAUUAUUUUAAAAUUGGAAAAUUAAUUAGUGCUUGUGGUGGUAUAAGAAUCAAGGAGCUUGAUACGAGCAUCACACAUAUUUUAUGUUUUGACAAGGAAAAUAUCGAAGCUUUUCAUAAAAGAACGAUCGAAAAAGAGGUUCAUGGGAGCAUGGUUGACUAUAAAUGGAUUGUUGAAUGUCUUAAACAAGAGAAGCUUCUUUCCGAAACUGAUUACUGUAUAACUGUAGAUUCUUCAAAUUCUAAAAAGAUUGUACCGCCAUCACCAAUGAGCAGGAAAGCUAUUAACUCUUUAAAUGUGUCCAUCACUAAAUCUACUGAUGUGUCCAAAAAGGAGAAUACAAAGUCAAGUAAACUUUCGAAAAAAGAUUUAGGUUUUGGAACGUCAACAAAGGUUCUAGAUUUUUCGAGUCAUGAUGAUCUUAUUCAGACGUCAAUAGAAGCAAAUCAUAGGAAACUUAAACAGGUUCCAAAUUUUACAUCUAGUAAAAAACGGUCUUAUGAGGCAGAUUAUUGUACAAUCGACGAGCAUCAUAAACGACGUAAGACAACUAACGACGAAGACUGCAAAAAUUCAUUUCAACUUCUUUGACGCUUUUCCUUUGUUAAAGGACAAAACUUCUGAUCUAUAAUAAAUACAAUAUUAAAUGCUUAAUCAUGGCUUAUGCAAUUUUAAGGUAUUUUUGUGAUUAUUUAAUAUUUCAUUAUUUUUUAACGCGUGCCUGUCCAUAAACAUAAAGUUUAA